CUGGGCUUUUUUGCGUUACAUCACAAGCGGCGAGCAUAAAUCGGACGAGCCAUGGCGACUCUCAGUCGGGCGCUGGACGACGCGACGCGAGGAAGCACCAUGCGGACACGGGGCGGUGCGGAGACACGCGGACGCAGCAACAAGGAGCUGAGCGCCGAGCGCGCGCCGUGUCACGGAGCCAUGCGCUUCCUACUGCACUGGCGCUUGGCAUGACCUUCAACUAGGUGACUUGGUGGAUGCGCACUGACCUACUGCGUGUCCUCCUGCCAAAUCGCGUGGAGCAGCAACCCGAACUUCUCAAGCGCAGGACACUGUUUAAUCGUGCUUCAGAGCCAGGAUCAGGAAUUUGGCGCUUUGCUUGCACCUCCAGGAUUUACACCCGCGCGCCAGCCAGAUCAAAUGGAUAACAUGGAUAACGUGCCUCACUUUCUAGCCAUGUGCGUGCUAUUUUUCGCUCUCGGCUUCCGGAUAGAAGGCGGCUCGUGUCAGCACCACACAUCAAUGCACUACCUCCUCCGUCCUAUCCCUAGCGACAGCCUGCCUGUCGUGGUGCUCAAGGAAGACCCCGAUCCCGUGCUCGACCCCAAAGAGCGCGACCUGAAUGAGACGGAGCUGCGCAGCAUGCUGGGUGCGCACUUCGACGCGCGCUUCAUGUCCGUCGUGUCGCCCGAGGAGAAACGUGAAGACCCGGCGACAGACACUGACGGGUUCAGACAGCAGUUUCUGCAGCGUCCGAUGCCCAAAGAGAUCCGCGCUUUGGACUUCGAGACGGCCCACGACGCCAAGAAACACAACAAGAAGCUGCGCAGGCGCCUCCAGACGUGGCUCUGGUCGUACGCGUUUUGUCCAGUGGUGUACGCGUGGCAGGACUUGGGCAGCCGUUUCUGGCCACGCUAUGUCAAAGUGGGCAGCUGCUUGACCAAGCGAUCGUGUUCAGUGCCCGAGGGCAUGAUGUGUAAACCUUCCAAGUCUGGGCUCUUCACGCUGCUGCGCUGGCACUGCAUGUCCCGGCGCACAUCCAAGUGCACAUGGAUCCCCGUGCAGUACCCAGUCAUAUCCGAGUGCAAGUGCUCCUGUCCGACCUGAAGCCGCGGGUUCCCCUGUCUCUCAAGCACUGCCUGAAGUGUAGGAAUGUCUCUGCGAUGUAUAUGUGGUGUUAUUUUAACAUUUUGUUUGUUUGUUUGUUUGUUUAUACCUUGUAAAAGAGGUCAGUAUUUACUUAUAUCCGGCGUCUACUGUAUUUGUUGAGCAUACUCUGGGUUAAUGUAUUUAUGUGGAGAAAAUUUCGCUCUGCGAAAAAUGAAAAGACAUUUUUACUGAAGGAAUUGUAAGCUUUUGUUUUUUUUUUCCAUUGUUCGGAAAAAAAAACACCCAUGUACGUUUUUUAUAGACCUCAAAUAAAGUAUGAAUUACGGUGUAAUUGUUACAGCUUAAUUGUUACAGCUGUGAAUAUAAAUAAAGUGGCAAUAAUCA